CGAUCAAGCAAUAAUUUUUUUUCAUGUAUAAAAAAAAAAAAAAUAUCGAUAUACAUAUAUUGACAGGAAUGCUAACUAACAGAUUGUGGAAAAUAUGGACACAUGUUCUUCCAGUAUGGCAAUGAGCUCAUCUGGAUCAUAUCAGAUACAUGAGACUGUGUCAGCCAUUCCAGCCCAGACUGUGUCCCUGAGUUCCCAGAGUUCCCAGAGUUCCCAGAUUUCAUGCACUAUGGAUUCCAGUCCAGAUCAGUCUAUUUGUACCAGUGCAUCCUCUUCCAUUCUUGACACAUCAGAACCUAGUCCGGACAAAUCCAUUUCUCCAAGUGAAAUGGUUGACAGUUCCAAGAAGAGUUUAUCUGCUGGAGAAAAUGCUGGAUCAGAAACAGAACCAGAAAGCUCGGUUCAUUUACAAAGCAUGAUAAGAUGCAGCGACGCAUUGGACACGACACCAAGGCGGAAAAGUCGGGUAAAAGAUGACAGGAUUUGUCUCGUUUGUGGUGAUAAGGCCUUGGGAUAUAACUUCAAUGCGAUGACUUGUGAGUCCUGUAAAGCCUUCUUCAGAAGAAAUGCUUUGAAACCUAAUACUGCAGCCUGUUUGUUCCAAGGCAACUGUCAGAUUGAUGUACGUACUCGUAGAUUCUGCCCACAUUGCCGUCUGCUCAAGUGUUACUCUGUAGGCAUGAAGAGGGAUAUGAUAUUAGAUGAUUCUGAGAGGAAAGCCAGAAUGCAAAAAGUUCUUGAAAACCGUAAACGUAAACUUAAAAGCUCAGAUAGCGUGGAAGAAAAUAUGAAACAAGCUAUUAAGGAGGAGCCGUGUGAGGCAGAUAUGCUUCCAGACCAGUCAGAUAGCAGUCAGAUACAAUCCAGUAAUGCAGAGAAUGCAUCAAACUCCUUAUCUGAUGCCUUAACUGGAAAUAAUGCAGUUGAUUUGAAAGUCUUACGCACACCACCCGUAUUAAAAACUGAUCCUGACAGCAAGGAUCCAUCUUUGUUUCGUAUUCUUGCACCGGCAGAAUAUAUUUUGUUUGAGGACUUGGGAGAGGCAUAUGGAAGCACACUCGGAGAGUUGUUACAUGAAAGGCUGGAAGAAAACAGUUACAACAAUUGUAACGAUUUGAUUAAUAACUCAACUGUAGCGGUAAAACGCCUUAUCAAGUUUAUUAAACGUUUGGAAGAUUUUUACCAGUUGAAUAAAGAUGAUCAGAUUGCGGCGUUGAAAGCUUGCGUUCUGAGUUCGAUCAUUCUUCGAUCGUCGUGUUUCUACAGCACCAAGCGGGAUUCUUGGAUCACGGGAACUGGUGAAAUUUCCACUUCUAUAUUAAAGAAGUCCACAGGCUAUAGUGAACUGUAUGAAAUUCAUACAAAUUUCUGCAGGAGCUUAAAAGAACUGAUAGGGGAUGAUAAAAUAUUAUUCGCCCUUGUUCAGGUCAUCUGCAUCUUCAGUCCUGAGUGUAAUGAAAUAAGGGAAAAAGGGAAAAUGUCCAGUGUUCAGGAUAAGUAUAUCAUCUUACUGAAACAUUACCUUGAAUGGGAAUUUUCUUACCCAGUUGCGAAACACGUGUUCGCAAAAUUACUAGCCAUCAUAGCAGACAUGAAGAGAAUUUCUGAUGCUCAUAAUGCUAUUAUUCUACAAGCAAAUCCAUCAGAUAUUGAACCUUUGAUGCUUGAAGUUUUGGACCUUAAAAGCAUACCUGUAGGUCCAUCUCAGCCAUCUUGAAUAGAAUGGCAACGAAAAGUUAAGUAAGUACAAUACUAUUAAGUUAACGUUUUGAAGCCAUAGAAAAAAAUGUUAUUUUUCAUUAUUGACACUAAGGAGGACAAUGUACAUUGUGUAAGAUUUUCAGAGUGUGUAGUAAAGAAAAUUAGUGUUUGUCAAUUUAAAAACAAGUCAUUAGUGUAACACUAUAAAAGAAUUUAGUAGUCUGUGUUGAGAAAACUUAGUGUUAUGUGACCCAUCAAUAACUGAUGUAGAAAUACCUAUUUUGUGCUCUUCAAAAGGAAGUCAAGAAAGGGACUAUAUGAAGUAUAUGGAAAGCAGUCCUAUUCACUUGGCAUUAGUAAUUUUUUUAGUGACGGUGUAGAAAAGGCUUUGAUUAAAUUUUUCUCUGCCUUUGUUAAAGUUAAUAUUUGAUUGUAAUUCUCUGAUUGAAAGAAUUGAGGGAGUGUUUAAGUGCCACCCUCUCAUCCUGCAAGAUAUGAGAUGAAAUAAAUAUGAGGAUAAGAUGUUGUGACUUAAUGUGAAAAAUAUCAGAUUUAAAAUCUGCUGUGCACAUGCCCAUUCUCAUUUUAAUGCUCGCUCAGUUUGUUCUAUUACUUACAGAAUUACAGUCAACUACUUUGAUAUAGGUAAAUCUCAUUUAAUUCUUAAAUUUGCUUGAAAGAUCGGUAGUUCAAGCCGUCCACAAUUCACUGGUUUUCAGCAGUGACAUAGAAAUGCAUAAUAAAACAUUGAGGCAGAACCUUUCCAUCAGGUCCCGAGAAGUGUAUGAGCAAAAAAACUUGUUUUCCUUUUUUAUGUUAUUUUCAGCAAAUAACUAAAUCAGCAGCCUUGUUGUGGCUAAGCAUAAGUAAAACCACAAUUUCAACUCCAAAUCCAAAUAAAUUCAUCGACCAUUUAUCAUGACUUAUGAUGUUGAAAUGAUAUCAUAUUCACAUGCUCAAGGGCCAACAAUUAUUUUAUCAAAGUAACUUUUUCAAACCAUAAUCUAUAUAUUUAUAAGUACAUCAAAAGUUGAAAAGUAUACGACAUGUUUAUGAAGUCAUUUUGGUUCACUUUGUUACUGCUAUGAUACUGUCCUGAUGAAAAUGGAAAAAUAUAGUCCAUACUCUCUUUGAAUUGGAGUUUGCCCGCUUUUUGGACUAAACUGAGAAUUGGUUGAUAUUUCUUCGAUUUAGAUGAUGUUUAAUUUAGAAGAAAACACAGUUGUUUUUAGACCAGAUAUACGGCAGGCAAAAACCAAACAAUCAUUGAAUAUGAUACAUAUUUGGUGUACAGUAGAAAGUAGUGAUUUUAAUGUAUUUAUAGAUGAUAUAAUAACACAAGGUGUAAUGUAUAAUAAUGAUCACUUACUAUGUUAUUGUUGCGUAAAUGUAUAAAUUCUUCUAAUGAUGUUAAUUGAACCGGUGAUAUCUUAAAAUGCAUAUAGGUUUCGGGGAAAUAGAAAUGAAAGUUAUUGAAAGAUAUUUUAUAGUAUGUUUGAGUACAGAUCUUCUGGGGGAAAAAUCUUGAAAUAUUUUAGGAAUACAAAAAAAAAUGAGAAAGUGUGAUGCAACAAUGCAUAUUUUAUAUGAAAGUGUAAUUUUUAGCUCGACUAUUCGAAGAAUAAGUAGAGCUAUCCUACUCACUACGGCGUCGGCGUCACACCUUGGUUAAGUUUUUCGUACCAGUCCAUAUUUUGACAAAGUCUUUUGAGAUAAAGCUUUGAAACUUUCAACACUUGUUUACCAUCAUCAUGGCCAGUUAUAGGCAAGAGCACAUAACUCCAUCAAGGAUUUUGGCUGAAUUAUGGCCCCUUUUGACUUAGAAAUCAUGGUUAAGUUUUUCGUACCAGUUCAUAUUUUGACAAAGUCUUUUAAGAUAAAGCUUUGAAACUUUCAACACUUGUUUACCAUCACCAUGGCCAGUUAUAGGCAAGAGUACAUAACUCCAUCAGGGAUUUUGGCUGAAUUAUGGCCCCUUUCGACUUAGAAAUCUUGAUUAAGUUUUUCGUACCAGUUCAUAUUUAGACAAAGUCUUUUAAGAUAAAGCUUUGAAACUUUCAA